UGAAGCCAGUUCUGUUUUGCGUGAUUUCUGAUUCUUUAUUCUUCAAACAAUUUUAGCAUAGAAGCACUUGAUGUAUUUGAUUGAAUAAAUUUGACAUUCAUUCAAAAAAAAAACCAGUGAGAAAGCUAAAGAACAUUUACCAAAGUUAUAUAAUAAACCAACUACUCUAAUUGAUCAAACAAAUGGUUACGUUAAAAGAAUAUUUAACCAAAUAUUAUGCAGUAUAUCAACUACUCUAGUACACUUCCUCAGACGUAUGAUGCCAAUGAUAAUGAAAGUAAGAAAAGUUUGAAAACACAUUCGUUGGAAAUAGUCGUGGAAGGGACCAAAGAAGAACUUUAAUCAAAAUGUCGACAUUAGAAGUAGAGACAAGGAAAAAGUUUCAUAAAACCAUUUUUUACUUAAUCAUGGACUGUGUGACAAUCUAUUGGGAUGUAACUUAAAGUAGAUCCAAAGAUUAUACAAUAAAUUAACUACUCUAAUUGAUAAAGCCAAUUUUUAAGCUUAAGAAAACUUAAUUAACCAUAAUUGUACAAUAAGUCAAGUACUUGAAUAACAUGUCCAGUGCCCAGCUCUUUGAUAUUGUCUGUUGUCAUCAAUGUUUAGUUUAUGAUGUAUGAAAUGUGUGAAAUUAUUGAGCUCAAUGAUUCUAUUUUUUCCAAAAAUUCUGAUCCUUCGCUUCUUGGUUUAUCAAAAUUAGACUACUUUUAUUGCUUAUUUAGGAAAUGUGUCGCCGGUUCAAUUCAAACCAAGAACCGCCAAGGCGCCAACUAUAUGUACGUAUCGUCAUAUUUACCUGUCUAGGACUUAAGUAACACGUGAGCUGUCGGCAGAGAGCCAGCAUUCCUCUCCAGCUACAGCUGCCUUGCUAUCCCAAUUCAAAAAUAGAUUAUCUUACAAUAAGAUGGUAUGUUUGACACGCAUAGUUAAAAAUAAUUUUGAGGUCAAAGAUGAAUAACCAUCUCAUUUUGUUAUCUUACUGAUUAGAAAUGGCUAAGACUGUUUAUUUAGGCUGUCCUAGUUGACGAGAUCAUGUUAUUUUAAAGCAAUACAACUUAGAAGCGCCAAAAUAAACAAGAGAACACCUGGACACUAUAUUUAGCCCUAAUCUCUGCUUAUUAUAGAGAUAUUUAUGGGAUUUGGAAGAAACCAUUUGACCGGUCUUCUUAGUUCUCCCUUUGACUGGUGAAAACAAAGAAUUUUCAUUGAUAAAAUUUGCUCCAAAAUGGAUGCGCAAGAGGCAACUUGGCAUAGAGAGAUGUGGAACGGCCAGGUGAAAAGAACAGACAUGGGGACUAAUAUGUUUUGCGAAGUAUCUCCACAUAUAAUGUUGAACUCACACGGCGCCUGGGAGAAGUUGGCUUCUGGGCCUACAGCAAUGUCAUUCUGGGAGUAUCCUCUUCCCAAAAUAGAGAUUGCAAUUCUCUCCACAUUCCUAUCAUGGCGUUUCUUUGAUAUCUUGUUCAAGAAGUUAGGUGUUCCUAUUCCAAGGUUCACCUCCAUGAUGCUUGUACGUAAUUAAGGUUUUCUAUAAUAUUUAGAUAUGAUCCGGCUACGUUCGGAUAAUAUAACAACAUUUUUCUCUUGUUCUUUGAAGGUUGGUGCACUCUUAAGCGAGACGUUUCAGUCGAGUAAAAUGGCAUGGUUUCAACGUAUCUUUGUCUGUGACAUUUAUAUGCCAAGGGUUGCUGAGACCAUUGGUACGUUUGCCUUUGUCCUAAACUGGUUCCUAAGAGGUGUGACUACGAAUAUUGGCAUGGUUAAAAAUUUCAGAACUAGGAGUACUGUAAUUGGAGUCGCGGCAAUGAUAAUCCCAUGGUAUAUCGGAAAACUAGUCUAUACCUAUAGAGAGAAAUCUAGUGACCUAACGAUGACGAAUAUGGAAUAUUCUGUAAUUAUAUUAACCACGAGCAUGGCUCCCUUCACUUGCAUCAACAUGCUCCUUACAGACCUCAAGGUAGUUCACACUGAGUUCGGACAAAUAGCUCAGUCUUCGGCUAUGGUAACCGAUGUGCUUGCUUUUACCAUGACCAUAUCGUCUCAGAUUAGCCGUGACUAUUAUUCUGGUAUGCGGAUGGGAUUAGCUUUAAUGGUCUUCUUUGUUUCCUUGUACCUUGUACGACAAGUCAUGCUUUGGGUGGUCAGACAUACACCAGAGGGAGCACCUGUGAAGAAUAUCUAUAUCUACAUUGGUCUCCUGCUAGGUUACUUGGCUUAUAUUUUCUGGGACUACUUCUUGUUCUUCGGACCGCUUGGGGCCUUUGUUCUUGGUUUGGCUAUCCCAGAAGGGCCGCCUUUAGGAUCAGAGUUUAUAAGAAGAUUCGACAGUUUCAACGAGGGCAUCUUCUUACCUCUCUUUGGAUCACUUACCAUGAUAAAACUAGAUUGGUCAUUUAUAAUAAAGGAGCUUGGAAGUGGAAGGCAUCUCCAUGGACAUACCUACGAGUGUCUUUCAUUCCUUUUCAUCAUAUAUAUGACAAAGUUCACGACUUCUUUUUUAACAGCCAUAGCUUCAAGAAUGCCUUUGAGAGACUCAGCUAUCCUAGGUAUCAUUAUGGGCACCAAGAGUAGUUUUGAGUUAGCUUACAUACUCUACGCAUUCGAUAAAGAAAGAGUUGGCUUGGAGGUUUUCACGCUCAUGGGCAUAUACAUUCUCAUAAACUCUUUGUUAACACCAAUGGCUAUACAUUUCUUGUAUGACCGGGAAAAAAGAUUUGCGUCAUAUGGAGAAAGAAGUCUCAAACAAAAGCCGGAACUACAAAUGGUGGUGUGCAUUAGCAAGCCUGACAACAUAACAUCCAUGAUCAAUCUUCUAAGAGCUACUGCCCCAUCUAAAGAAUCCCCACUAAUGUGUUGUGUUCUUCACCUAAUAGAGCUUGUGGGUAAAGCUACUCCCACGUUUAUCUCCCACCAGCUUCAGAAACCAAAGCCUGGAAGCCAAUCUUACUCGGAAAAUGUCAUAAGCUCUUUCCAAAUGUUUCAAGAUAUUCACCUGGACUACACUUCUAUACACAUGUUCACCUCUUUAACUUCCGCUAAAGAGAUGCAUGAACACAUUUGCUGGUUUGCUCUUGAUAAAAAUUCAAAUCUUAUACUACUCUCUUUUCACCGCAAUUGGGGCCCCAGUGGUUAUGGCAUUAUCUCCGACGAUCAAACCCUGAGAAAUCUUAACCGCAGUGUCCUGAAACGAGCACCUUGCACUGUCGGAAUUCUUGUUCACCGGAAACCAAUAUGGCAACCCAAACCCGUAGAAUCUCCAUGCAGGGUAUGCUUGGUUUCCGCGGGAGGGAACGAUGACAAAGAGGCAUUAGCAUUAGCAGACCACAUGAGAGGUAACCCAAAAGUGAGUCUAACGGUGCUAACUCUGAUCCCUAUGUCUAUAGCCGAAGAGAGAGGCGGCGAGUGGAGCCAGAAUCAAAUGGUGGACACGUGCCUGGUUGAAGAGAGGCCUGGAGAUAACUCGAUAACGUACAUUGUUAGAAUGGUGGCGGAAGGGGGAGAAACUUCAAAGAUUCUACACUCGGUGGCGUAUGACUAUGACAUGUUCAUAGUCGGGAGAAGUAGCGGGAAUGGUACGGAGGCAACCAAAGGACUCGGGGACUGGACUGAGUUCGAGGAACUUGGUAUCAUUGGAGAUUUGUUAGCAUCUGAAGAUUUUCCUUCUAGAGCAUCCGUCUUGGUCCUCCAACAACAAGUUCCAUGAGAGUUAAUUUAGUCUCCUUAAUCUAGCUUCAGUCUUCUUUUUCCUUUCCCCCUUUCUUUGGUUUUGUUUGUUGACUGUAAUGAAAAUAACACACAAACGCUCAACUUUUAUUAUUUUUUCGUGAUGUAAAGAUAGAAUGUAUAUUCCAAGAUAGUUCAAACGAAUUUUUUUUAAAAAAUUUGAGAAAUUUAGAACAAUACACUAGUAUUGAAAUAUAAAUUUAUGAAUUACUGUUAAAUAUUUUAACAAUUGCUGUUAACAUCAAACAUUGAUUUACAGAUGAUAACAUCAGAAUUUAUUAAUUUUAAACGGCUAAUAUAAAAGUUAU